AUGAGAGGCAUCAAUAAGCCUCUUGGGUUAUUCAGCCAGCCUUCAAAAGGGCGAAGAAAUUUAAACAUGUCUACGCCGAGUCAUUGGAUUUCCCGAGCCCUUUCUCAACCUCACGAACCAAGCAACGACCUGUUCGGGUAUACUUCCGGCCGCUGGUUAUACAAUGAACAGAUUCAAUUGAGGAAACGAUAUACUGAGUUCAACAUUCAAGCUCUUGAGUGCUCUGCCUCUCGAUUACUCGGCACUCGAUGUAUUCAGAUAACCAAGCUACCGGAAGGGCUCUAUAACAAAGUCCAUUCUGCCUCAUAUUCUGCCGUCAGCAGAGAUUUCCCAACCUGCUUAAUGCACCAUGACCUCCAUUUCGAUAAUAUAUUUGUUGAUGCGGCAGAUCCUACGGCAAUAUCCAGUAUCAUUGAUUGGCAGGCAGUGUACGCUGCUCCGCUCUUCUUGCAGGCUAGGUUCCCUUCGAUAUUUGAAUGUGAUGAUCCUUACCCUUGGGGUGCGGUCCAACCUCAACUUCCUAACAAUUUUCAGAGUCUUUCAUUGGAAGAAAGAGAGACUGCCAAAGAAGCGCUUGCCAGACUUAGAUUAAAAAAGUUCUACGAGCUGGCCUCGAGGAAAUUCAACCCUCUUCUCGUUAGGGCCAUGGAUGCUAUGAUGGAUGAUAAUGAUCCUACUGCUUAUAUAUUUCAUUCACGAAAGAAGAAAUUACAAAAGGACGACAGCAGGCACAAGAAUGGGCAGAUGCAUACAACGAGUUUGAAAGCCUGCGAGUACAACUUGCAGGUAAAGAUGGUUGGGUUUCGCACGACGAUUAUGAGGAAGCCAUGCACAGAUUUGAAACUCACAAAGCCGAUCUAG